GGAGGCGGCGGGGCCGGGGCAAGAUGGAGGAGUACGCGAGGGAACCCUGCCCCUGGCGGAUCGUGGAUGACUGUGGAGGUGCCUUCACCAUGGGGGCCAUCGGAGGGGGGAUCUUCCAGGCCAUCAAGGGCUUCCGAAACUCCCCCAUGGGCGUGUCCCACCGGCUGCGGGGCAGCCUCACGGCCAUCAGGACCAGAGCACCUCAGCUCGGAGGCAGCUUUGCCGUGUGGGGGGGGCUGUUCUCCAUGAUCGACUGCAGCAUGGUCCGAGUGCGGGGCAAGGAGGAUCCCUGGAAUUCCAUCACCAGCGGAGCCCUGACCGGAGCCAUCCUGGCUGCACGGAACGGGCCCGUGGCCAUGGUGGGCUCUGCUGCCAUGGGGGGGAUCCUCCUGGCCCUCAUCGAAGGAGCUGGAAUUCUGCUGACCAGAUUUGCCUCCACCCAGUUCCCCAACGGCCCGCAGUUGUCCGAGGAUCCCUCCCAGCUCCAGCCCGCCCCGUUCAGCAACUACCAACAGUACCAGUGAGGGACAUCCCAUCCCAUCCAGGAGCUCCGGGAUGGGAUGUCCCUCUCCCCCCCCUUCCAGGAGCACCUGCAGCACUUCCCAGAGCUCAGGAGAACUUUUAGGAGAUGACAAAUCUAUUUAUUCCCGUCUGGAAUGUUCCGUGUGGGGUGGAAUUACAGGGAGGUUUGAGACGAGGA